AUUUGUCACACCUGCUCGACCUCGGACCCCUCCUUUUGUCCGAAGGCUUCCUUUGCAACUUGCUCAAUGUCCUCAACUUCAUCGCAGCCGCAGGUGAUCAAUCUCUCCGAUCUGGACAUGAACCAGCUUGGCGAUGUACGCAGACAAUUAGAAGAAGAAUUGAAUCAUCUCACAAAUUCAUUCACCCAAUUGAAGCAAGCUCAGGCAAAAUUCAAAGCAUGCAUGGAAAAUGUGAAUGAAUUGAAGCCCCAAAAUGAAGACAAACCCAUUCUCGUUCCGUUAACGAAUUCUCUUUACGUACCGGGGAAAAUAUCAAACGCUGAACAUGUUCUGGUCGAUAUUGGGACGGGUUACUUCGUCAAGAAAACAAGAGAAGAAGCGAUAUCCCAUUACAAAAGCAAGGUUGAAUACAUACGAACAAACCUAGAAACACUGGAGGACGCUAUACAGAAGAAGAAGGAUAAUGUGAACGCUGUCAUAAGUGUAUUGCAGGCGAAGUUAAAAGCCCAGACACAACCUCAGAAUACAACAAAGGCUUGAUGGGGGACUUGGCCUCCUGGGGGAAUUACAGCAGACCGACCAGAGCCCAGAGCCACCUCUCGAAAAUCAUGCGCUUAUCACACCCGGAAAUGGAGGUCCAGUUGGCAUUCAGCUCCAGUAUCCUUCAAUCAUCGCGUUCAGAUUUCAUCCCUUUUGGUGUACACCAAAUAGCGGAGAAACGUCAAACUCCUUGUGACCACAGGACUCGAUUAUAUUGCUUGUUAUCCUUUGGUGGGAUCGAAUACAGGGUAUCCUAAUGUUAAUAUUGGUUUGCCUUAUCAUCGUGAACUCAGUUCCGUUGACAAGAAUCACAGUACCCAUCACUGUGCCUUAGCUCAACCAAUCUACUGCUCGUUUACU